GUCAAAUAACCAAGACGGAAUACAAAUUUUUUGGAGUGAUGAUUUCAGUAUUUUCCUAAAUUAUGCAAGAAAGUUUCAAUAAAUCUCAUAUCACGUUUAAUAAGGUUUGCACAGAUCAAAAUAAACAUUAUCGAUGUCAUGGUUCACGGAACUUGCCGGCAAGGCAGAAACUCUCCUCAACAAUAUCGAUGAACAGACUGGUGCGGCAUUACGAAGUCAUAAUGCAAUAAAAACUAAAAAAUAUGACAAUGUCUCUCAUACAGAUAACUCAAGGACUCAGAAUAAACGUCCACCACUUUGGGCGCCUAAAAAGAUACAUUUCGAAAAAGAUCGUUCUCCAUCCCCUAUAAAAAAAAGAAAAGUUAUACCUAAUGCAUAUAUAGGUGACAACAAAACACAAGAACGGGUGAAAAUGAAAUCUCCUGUAAGAACACCAAAUUUGGUGAAUUCAUCGCCUAUUUCUCCUAUAUUUUGUGGAAUUGAAAACAAACCUACUGAUUGGGGUAUGGAUCAAUAUGGAGUACGAAGAAGAAGGAAUACAUUUUCGGGUGAUGUAAGUUCAUUGCACAUGGAUAAUGUAUAUAAACUGGAAAAUCUUGAGGUGGAAAAUGCAAUGUUGAAAAACGAAAUAAAUGUUAUGAACAGAGAACUUUCAGACCUGAUGGAUAGGUUACGGAAAACUGAAGAUGACCUAAAUCAUUAUAAAAGUUCACCAACAAAUGAAGGUUUGGAUGCUCGUAAUUUGAAGGUAGAUAAUGAAAUGUUAAGAUCACAGCUAGAACAACUGAAACAAAAGGUUGUAGAUCUUAGUACCUCCGAUGUUAAGAAUAAAGAGCAUAACCAUGAAUUAGAGGCAGAAGCGAUUGAGCUCAGAAGUGCAAAUAGACAGUUGGAAGAGAAAUAUAAAAUACUAAAUGAAGAACUAAAUAAAAAGGAAUUAGCUAUAUCUAAGGUGGAAAACGAAUUGAGACAUGCACAAGGUGUAAUUAGUGAGCAACAGAGUAGUCUAGAGAAAUCAACAUCGGAGUGUCAUAGAUUAGAGAAAGACUGGGAAAGUUAUAAAUUGAGAGUGAAGAGUAUGCUUUUCUCUAAAGAUGAAGAAAUUAAAAAAUUAAGAGAAGGUUCCAAUCUGGCUGAAGAUACAAAACAAUUGAUUGAACAGAUGAAAGUUUUGAAAGAAGAGCGGGAUGAUUUCUCGGAACAGAUAUCCAAAGUGAAGGAAGAAAGUGAAAGGAUAAAAACAUCAAUGGGUGAUAUGGUAUCGCGGAAUGCCGCGGUUGAGAGGAUUGUUAUUGCGUUACGAGAUGCAUUGAAGGAAGAACGGUCAGCGAGAACGCGAGCUGAAAUGGAAUAUGUUAGCUUAGAGAAGGAAUUGAAGGCGAUGCACGUAGAAAUGGGUCAGACUAUCGCCAAGCUACGAGCGUCAUUACAAGCCAAGGAAUCAGAACUGAAUAAGAUCAGGGAGAGUCAGAGUGCACCAACAUCUGACGUCAGCUCGCUGAACGUAGCUGACUAUGAUGUAGCACAGGCGGCAAUGGAUAGCGAAAGGGUACAACAUUUAUCACAGUUGUUGGUGCAAAAGCAAGGAAAAGUGGAAGCGCUACUGGCGGAUAAUAAUACUCUCCGGAUACAGUUGGAUAAAUUACAGACGAAGUAUAGAACAGAAGUGUCAGGUGCGCGGGCGCAGCUGCACAGUGUUGUAGUACAAGAGUCUCGGGCGCGCUACUCUCCCGCAGACACGCUCGCCAAGAUGUCUCUUCGUAUCGGACUCAUGAGCAGACGAUAUCCUAUACUUAGGGUUUUUAUUAUAUUUUAUAUGAUUGGCCUACAUCUAUGGGUAUUUACUGUCCUAUUUACAAGCACUCCCGAAACCUUUACAAGACCAAGCAAAACGUAACAAUUGGCGUUUGUGUACUAAUAAUGCUAAACUAUUGAAUUGUUAGGAAUCCAUAGCAAUUAUCCAUUAAUGGAUACUUUCUAUAUCUAGGAUUCAAUAACAUUAUAAUUUCUGGUAAUAUUUUUUACAAUUAAGUUUAACUCACGUAAAAAUCUUCUUUAUUUGUAUAGUUUAUU